GCCACUAGAGGUCAGUGUUACACAGUGAGCGAAGACAACAGUUCCUCCUCCUCUCCAGCUGCAGGCAGCAAAGCGACUUUCACGUCGGAUUCUAGUGAUAUUAAACCUUCCAGACAAAGAAUGUUAUAAUUAAACAAAUGGACACGUGAUAGUCAAGAUAGUUCAUCAAACCUUAUGUGCUUCAGAGCGAGAUUAAUAAUCGCUUCAGUCUAAGGAUACAUACAGAGUAAAGGAGGACGAUGUGAUGAUGUGAGACCUGCCUUGACUUCACAGCUGAGAGGUUUUAAUUUGUAAUAAUUUUUGAAAAGGUUUCUAACAUGUCCGACCUGGUUCAGACCACCUCUGACGGUCUGUGCAAUCUCGUCCGCUGGGCCCACAGCCACGGCACCAUCUGCAACCUCAUCCCCAGCCUGCAGCACCUCGCCAGGGGUUCUUAUGUUAGCAUACUGACACCGGAACCCGGUCCCAAUGGCAGCGCGGGCCCCGUUGCUGUUUGGGUCUGCGGAGCUGGGCACGCCUACCACUGGCCCCUCAAUGACCAUAGCAACAGCUGCGGAGGCUCAGCAAAUACCAGCCAGGUGCAGGAGAGGCUUGUUAGAGGGGGUCCAUCCAAUAAGGUGGCAGUGAGGACAUCAUGUGACCUCUCCUGCAGCGAAGCUGCAUCAGAGGGGGAGGAGUUCAGCAGCCGACUGUGUGACAUUGCUGCAUGUGAUUCGUCGGCCACGGACGAGGAUGGUGACUACGAGCCCUACCUGUCCAGAAAGAGAGGUGGGCCACCAGGAGGAGCGGUGGCAGGGAAAAAGGUCAAGCAGGAAGUGACCUCAGCAGAGGAUUAUGACAUUGUUGCUGAUACAGCAAGCAUGGGGCUAGCAGAAACGGACACCAUCAAUCUUUCACAGGCUUGUCAGGCAACAACAAAUACACACUCUCAAUUCAGUCAGUUGCCCAACAAACCCCUCCCGCCCUGCUCUCAGCACCAGCAUGGACACAAUCUGGGGUGUGAGGGGUCAGGGGAUCCAGAGGUGGAGCUGCUGGGUGGAGGCAGCUGCACGAGAGGGACCACAGAACAAGGAGAGAGAUGCAGCUCCGCCACUGGGACUAGAGAGAAGAUUGCAGCUGCAGGCAGCCAGAGUGAGCUGGAGAAGCUGCGAGCGUUACUCUGUGCAGAGCGCAGCCGUAACCAGCAGAUGACAGACAUGAUCUCCAGUCUGAAGCAGGACAAAGAGCUGCUACAGCACGAACUCACUAAGAAAGCUGAACUCAUCUGUGAAUUCCUGCAGGACAAACUGCGGCCAGAAAAGCGGUGGCCUCGUUGCUCUAAUCAGAUGGACCCGGGAAGUUCACACAUGACCUCCUCUGAUGAUGUGGCGGGGUUUGAUUCGCCAGCACUGUUUGACUCAUUCGAAGAAAUGGAGCUUCACCCUCUGGAGCACCACCGCCACCUGAAGAUCAAGAGGACCCGGGAAGGAGAGAACACCAGAGUCAGGAUGAAAAAUGUGGUGGGUGUGAUAGCACGCUACAUGGCCGCCCUCCAGGAGUUUCGGCGCAGCGUCUCCAUGAAGGUGGCCUUCGACCGGGUUGGAGUGGACCGCAACACCAUCUCGCGCACGGCGGCUAUAGCCGAGCUCAGCCUGGCUGCUCCUGAGGUUUUUCACGGGUUGGCACCGUGGGAUGAGAAAGAGGAGACGCUGGCACAUUACGCUCACCGUUGUCGACAGGCUAUGGAUGACACCAUUAAGGCCAAGAUAAAAAUGAUGAAGGCAAAAGGAGAACUGUUGCCAAUUGUGUCAAAGUGACAGUUACAGAUAUUGUGUGGACUGACUUCCUAUGACUCAGUCAGAGGCCCACAGUGCAAUAGAGUCUAACACAAACAUCAAACACCUUGUCAGAGAAAAGCCCAUCAGUGGAUUCUCAGUAUUCGAUACUGUGGUGCUCAGCUUAUUCCAGGAGUUAUAUUGCAAAUCACCAUCAUCUACAUCACAUUCUGACCAAAUUUCUGCUACUGUGGAUAUAGAAACACUGUGCAAUGGUUGUCUUCUUGUGUAGUUGUGAAAAUGGUGUCUCUGGAAAGAAUAAGUUCUUGUUCUUGUUCACUGUUUUAUAAUGCAAUCGUGACAGCUCAGAAUUCAUUGUAACAAAUUUCCAAUGUGGUUCAUUUCCACUGCAGCUUCGUGGGGCAAUCUGUAACGGUCACUCAAACCACUUUAUAAUUAAGUGGUUGCAGUAAAUAGUCUGGUCAGCGAGGGACUGUUGACUGAGGGUGUCUUAUUUAUGCAUGGUAAUAUACAUCAUUUGUUCUGUUGUGGGUUGUUUUGUGUGCUGCCGACCACUGUUUUACAAUAAACCACUACAGACAGAGAGCAAUGUGAAGCUAAACACAUCUUAAAAACCAUGUCCUUGUUCAUUGAUUGCCUGUGGGC